GGAAAAUCCCAGCCUCGAAUGUGCCAACGAGCUCACCACAGGCACUGCACAGCUCGUGCGCAACGCCCAGAGGAGGCCGUGGGCUUCCUGUCCCGCGUCCGCGCCCACCACAUCCGCAAUUCCGCACCCGAAUCUCGCGGCGUCGCCUCGUCAGACCUCAGCCCACAGAAAACGGAAAAAGGAAAAAAAAACAGCCAAGCCGCCGCCGCGCGGAGCACAGCGGCUCAGCGUCAGCGAGCGAGCGGCGGCGCGCCCCCCUCGUCACGCACGCCGCACUCGGCUGCUACGGUCCUCACGCCGCUUCGGCUUCGCGAGCGGACGCCGGCGCGCGCGCGCGUUCGGCGAGACGCGGCGGCCCUUCUCCCCCUCUUGCACACCCCCCAGACCAUGCGCGUCUCCGACCACGCUGCUCUCCCGUCGCGCUCCUCCCAGCAGCAGCAGCGCCUGUCCCCGCAUGGCGAGCCCCGACAAGGUCGGCUGCUCACCGGAGCCGCUGCCCCUCGACCGCCUCCUGGCCGAGCUCGCCGCCAACGCCGAGCGGCUCGGGAGGAGGUGGGAGGCGGCGCUCCGCAAACGGGGAAGGGAGGGAGCCAGAGCGGCGGGCGUGGGGUUGGAGGAGGGUAGGAAGGCGGAUUCGGCGGCGAUGCAGCUGCACACGCCGCUGUUCUACGCCACCUGCGCCCUCGGCGGGCUCCUCAGCACCGGCCUCACCCACCUCGCCGUCACUCCCCUCGACCUCGUCAAGUGCAACAUGCAGGUUGACCCUGGUAAGUACAGGGACAUUUCAUCUGGAUUUGGUGUCCUGCUCCAAGAGCAAGGUCUUGGUGGAUUCUUCAAGGGCUGGAUGGCCACGCUGGUUGGGUACAGCAGCCAGGGGGCUUGCAAAUUUGGGUUCUACGAGUUCUUUAAGAAGUGCUACUCGGACAUUGCUGGCCCCGAGCAUGCUGAGAAGUGGAAGACCUUCAUCUACCUUGCAGCGUCGGCAUCGGCUGAGAUGAUUGCAGAUGUAGCUCUCUGCCCCAUGGAGGCUGUGAAGGUUCGAGUCCAAACUCAGCCAGGAUUUGCUCGGUGCCUGACGGAUGGGUUUCCGAAGAUUGUCCAAUCUGAAGGUGCCUUUGGGCUUUAUAAAGGACUACUUCCUCUCUGGGGUCGCCAAGUUCCUUAUACUAUGGUGAAAUUUGCUUGCUUUGAGACAAUUGUUGAAUUAGUAUAUAAGCAUGCAGUUCCAAAGCCAAAAGAUGAAUGCAGUAAGCCACUCCAGCUAGCAGUGAGCUUUGCAGGGGGAUAUAUUGCAGGAGUCUUCUGUGCAGCUAUCUCUCAUCCUGCAGACAACCUGGUGUCUUUCCUCAACAAUGCAAAGGGGGGCACUAUGGCUGAUGCUGUAAGAACUCUAGGAGUGUGGGGCCUUCUCACUCGUGGCCUUCCACUCCGUAUUAUUAUGGUUGGUACUCUUACUGGAGCUCAAUGGGCAACAUAUGAUGCAUUUAAAGUCUUUGUUGGACUGCCAACAUCUGGUGGAUUCAUUCCUAGUCCUGCUGCCACCGAUUUGCGCCAGGUGGAUCAUGAAAAGCGGAGUUGACCACAUCGCGUAAAUGUUGUGCUGAGCUACUACCCUUAAUCGGAGUAGAUGAUGGCAGGCAGUUGCUCUGAUUUUCAUGAGAGCGGGAACGUAGGAGAUGACCUGUUGAGCGAAUUUGGAACACAAUUUUAAGAUUUAGCAGUAGGAAAUUCACAUUCAAGGGGUUUUUGUUGCUACCUCUUGAAUGACAGGCAAGUGCAAGGAAGGCAAUAAGCUUGAGGGAUGUAUUUGGCACAUUGCCAAACUGAUCUGAUCAUCUGAUGUUUCAAUUGGUCAUUCUUGCCUCUGUUGGCAUUUCCUCUGGUAGUUUCCAUACGACUGUUUAUCCAGCGUACAUGAUAGCAUGAAUAAAUGAAAAGAAUGUUAAACAUGGGUCGCAA